AUUAGCAUAUUUCCCACAAAAUUGACAGAAUUUGUCCCAUUUAUUUUUAUAAUAAGCCAAUAUUGCCUGACUGUGAAGCAAAUAUUGUCCGACUGGCUUUGUUUGCCCAACAAACUGGAGGGGUGGCCACCCCCCACCCGGUACGCCCAUGGUGUUUACAUGGUAAAAUACUGAUAAUUGCCUAGAUCUCCCCUCUUUCUGCUUGGACUGCCCGGUUGUGUAACGUUAAUUAAUAGUCACCCAGGAGAACUACUUCAUUAAAUUCCCAGAUAGCCCAGAUCUUGCUGAUGCCUAGAAACCCAUCUUGCCAGGUAAUUCCAUAUAAACAGACCCCAAAAAGGGGAGACAUAAUUACGAUUUAUUCUUUCCACUAGUAUUAGCUAUGGGUAUUUGUAAUAAUUAGACACAGGUCACACAGCUGUUAUGUUGAAAAAGUACAAUUUUGUUGUGCAUAGUUGCACGAAGUUGGGGAGUUGGUAUACUUAUACAGACACCGGCAUAUUAUCCAUGCAGUUGGUGGUACACUGGUGCAUAUAUGUAUAUUUAGGCUAUAGAGCCCAUUUACUGUGGACAUAUUAACUAUGCUUUGAUGCUGACCACUACAUGCUGUACAGCAAAACCUUGACAACAGUUCACAUAACAUUAAAACUCUGUAAACAAUGGUAGCAGUAGCUGGGGGACAAAUGAAUAAUAACACUAUGAUGUUGACAUUGAAAUUGUUGAUUAGCUAUUGCAAGAUUCUCUAAGCACUCCGAUAUCGAGCAACCAUGACCGACCAUAGGCAUGGGUCCCUACAGAGUGCAGGAGGAAUCCUGAGUGCCCUGAAAAAAAACGUGUUACUUUAUUCUGCAAGAACUGAACCCCUAUUUCUCUAUAUUUUUCAUUUCAUCUUGGUAAACAAUACAACAAUACAACAUCAAGUUCCAAUCCUUUUUGUUAGUGGAUGUACCCCUCCUGAUUUUCUAAUGCAUUAGCAAACCAAUCAAAUUCAUUUGUAAAGCAAAUUAACCAAUAGGAACGCAGAAUACCGUCUCCAAGACACUGAGCUGUACGGGGUUCGAUCAUGCCAGCGUGAAAAUAGGUUGCAUGUUUCAUUGGAUUUUUUUCGCUUUUGGUUCUAGUAUAAAGGUGAAAUAAUCCUAUUCAAGGUCAGUUUUCGUUAAUCGAGUUCACUAAGAAUAUCUUUUAAUAGUUCAACUAAUUUUAUUGCUUUCUUUGUCGCGAUAUAUAAAUAAGGUGCUAUAUGGUUUCUGAGACUGGUUGUUCGAAAGCCAAUAGCUUAUAAACCUUUGGUUAACCUAAAAUUCAAAGCAAACUUCUGUAAAACUUCCUAUAAUUUUGAGAAAUAUUGUCUGAGUCAGUGGGUGUUUUCUUUUCUGACGUUUUGAAAUAAACAGACAUCAGAUGUGCAGAAAUACAUAAACUAAAACAGAAGAUUAAAUUUGAACACAUACUGCAAAUCCAGGUUUGACUAAUCUUGUGUGUUUGUUUGCUUUGCAUAGAUGGGUGAAAAGCUGGAAGAUAGAGAACUAAACGCCCUUUGUAAGUUGUUUAUUGGUGGGCUACCUCGUGUUAUUACAGACGAAGACCUUGAAAUUUACUUCUUAAAAUUUACCCCGGAUGAGUCGCUGAACGACUGCAUUGUUAUUAAAAACAAGGAGGACAAACAGUCUCGAGGAUUUGGUUUUGUUACUUACAACCGACUUGCCGAUGCCGACAACUGCUUAGCAAGUGGACCACAUAAUAUUGGUGGUAAGGAUGUCGAAGUGAAGCAUGCUAUACCAAGGGAUGAAAAACUGCCUGCAAAUCAUAUUCGUACCAACAAGAUUUUUGUAGGUGGGCUUACUAAGGAAACUACUGAAGAAGAUAUUAGUGAAGCUGUACAGAACCAUGUGCUUGCGUGUGGCAAGAGCCUUAAUGCCGAAGUUACAAAGGUGGAGAUUAUUAAAACGAAAAAGGAAGACGGUGUUGACCCACCAGUUUCACGUGGGUUUGCCUUCCUUGACAUGGCAACCAAUGCAGAUGCUGAUAAAGUUGUGAUUGUAAAACAUUUUAAAAUCAACGGGAAACAAGUAGAAUUAAAGAAAGCUGCGCCUAAAGGGGGAGCUGGUAGUGGAAGAGGUGGUGGACGUGGUGGUGGUGGUAGGGGUUCUGGACAGUUUGGUGGUGUCAGUGGUGGUUGGGGUGCUGGUGCCUAUAAUGGUGGUCUCUACAAUGCAGUUGGGUUUGGUUUUAGUGGUGGAUAUGGCUAUGGUGAUGGUGCUGGUUAUGGUGGAUACAGAGGUGGUUACAGUGGUGGCUAUGGAGAUAGUAGUGGUAUGUUUGGUCAAUAUUCCCAGCAGUCUUCUGGAUUUGGACCAUCUCAUGGUGGACGAACUCGAGGACGUGGACGUGGCAAUGCACCAUACUGAAACAUGUUUUAUGUAAGUAUUUAGACCUUCAUCUUUAGAGUUACCGGGAAGAAAGGAUUGGGAAGCAUGUGUGAGUAAAUGCAUGAUUAUUGACAUACAAAGGCUAAAACAUAGGUAGACUGUUUUUUAGCAAAAGUUCUUUUCUGAUAAAAGUUCUUUCCUUUGGGAUUGUCAACAAAUAGAUCUUAUGUACGUGAAGACAGAUUUGUUCUGCAAUUGUUUUGACCCUGUCCCCUAUCACACUUUUUAAAUCCGAAUUAUUAAAGGGGAAGUCAAGUCCGUUCUGCGCAUCGGUUCUGCGCAUAACAAUAGAGGGCCCUCUGAGGUAAACAUUGCCCAAAUUUUGAAUGUUUCGAAUUUUUCUGAACACAAACUCUACUUCAUAUUCAUGUAGAAGCAUAACGAACCAAAAUGGUGUUAGAUAUUCAGACAGUACAUCAUAUUUUAAAAAAUACAGCAGUUCAAAAUGUAAACAAACCGUUUGUUUACAUUACGGACUUGACUUCCCCUUUAACUCGUUGAGCCGCAAUGCGCCCUACUUUUUUUUUACUUGUCCAACACCAGACGAUUUUACUCGUUAAUUAAUGGGGAAGCUCUGCAGCUUAAUGGGUUAACAAAAAAAUCUGACAAUGUCUCUAGUUAACCUAUUGAGCCGCAGUUUAUUUAUUUUUACUUGUCCAACGUGACACAAUUUUACUCGUCAAUGGGGAAGCUCUGCAGCUUAAUGGGUUAAAUAAUUGUGGAUUCUGAGCCAACACCCCAUCCCACCCCACCUGUGUGAACAAAGAUAAAAUGUAUUUGUCAACAGUCCCACACCAUUCAUUGUUGUGAACUUUAUACACAAUUCCUCCUAACUGUUGCAUACCAUUUUGCUUCUCCAGUAACAUUCUUGCUUUUUGGUAGAGUCUGCAUUAUAUUUCUGUUUCAUUGCUUUAGGUUACGUUAUCUUCUUGAGAUGUUGGUUAAGGUUGCAGUGAUUGGUUAAGCGUUUACAGUAGUCUCAAGACAAUUGUAUCUACAGUACCAUUAGCUUAAAGACUGAAUAAUUAAAAGUUGAAGCAAACACAAGAUUUAGCCGUUUGAUGCAGAACUAGAACUGUCUGAAGGCCAUUUUCCAUUGCAGUUGCUCUGCCCGUGCGGGUGGAGCGAAAUUACUCGACUUUCUCUGUAGUUGCCUAACCUGUGCAUUUUUUGUCCGCCUGAAUGCUCGCGGACACGCCAUGAAAGUAGAACUACAUUCAACUUUCUUGGCGUGCCCGGGCGACUGAUUUUUCACAUGAUUAAAAUUGGUCGCUCCGCAUGGCAAAGCGACUGCAAUGGAAAAUGGCCUUAAGAUGAAGGAUUUCAUAACAAGGAUGAACAUAGCCAUUUCAUUGUAGUUGUUAAACUUGUAUACCUUUCAUUUUAAGAUAAUUUUACCUAUCUUGUUAAAGCUAUUACCAUUAAAUUUUGAUUAAUAAAGCCCAAUAUUUUUAACCUAAG